AGAGCCUGCGGUCACCAGGGCCACGGACGGAGUGGGCAGCCUCUCGUGGGACGAGAAGGGGCCUCGCGGGGCAGAGGGGUUGGAGGGGCAGAGGGCAGGGCAGACGUGGGCAGGCAGCGAGGCCAUGCCGAGACCAUGGGCCCCGUGGGGGAGGGGAGCAGACGGGAGUGGAGGGGACUCGUGGCCGGAUGCCGGACGGGUGCGGGCUCCAGGGACACGCCCUGGCGGGGGGCCGUCACAGAGGGGACACGGCAGGCCAGUCUCGCCCAACCUCGGGGCCUACCGCGGGCCUCAGCGUGAGGCCUUGGGGAGGACAGGAGUUGGGGCAGGGGUCUUGGGGCCGUGGCGGCUGGCAGACACCAGGCCCUGGCGUGUGUGGCCUGAACGCCGGGUGGCCGCGUGGUCUUGGGAGGAGCGAGGGCAGCGGGCAGCAGUGGCAGGGCCAGGUCCACGUGGGGCUAGUGGCUGGGACGGGCCCAGGACAAGGUCGGGGGUACAGGCCACCCAGGAGGGAAGGAGCACUCUAGAGGAUGUCAGGAUCACCAAAGACCUCCGGGAGUGACAGGGCCACCUCCUCAAGGCCGGGGUCAGGGGGACCUCCUGCCUGCCUAGGGAGGCGCCUCUGGGCUCCCCAUGCCCCUCCGGCCUCUCCCUGUUCCUGGACUCAUCCACCGGCUCAUUCCCGCCCCAGGGCCUUUGCACGAGCUGGCCCCGGGGUCCGGAACUCCGCUUCCCCAGAUCUUCGUGUAGCCAGCUCCUACCGGCCCUUCAGAUCAAAGCCGCACUGUCGCCGCUUUGGAGAAGCUGUCCCAGAACUCCCAGCCAAAACCGGCUCCCAACUGCUUCCCGCCCUCUGUGUUUUCCUGAUCUGACCCCCACGACCCCCCCAGCUCAGGUCAGACUCCCCAGAGCCACCGAUGCCAGGCGCCCACUCACCUCCUCCUCCGCCCCAAGACCGGCCCGGGGCCCCGUCCAGGGCUUGCACACGCCCCUGGACCCCCGAGAUGUGCGCUGGGCUCUGACCCCCCUGCAGCACUCGUCGCCCCCCCAGCCCACACCUCGGGCCCCUCCCCCGUGUCUCGCACAGCUGUGUGUGUGCUGGUGUCGCCCGGCCCGUGCGCACCCGGCUUCGCCCACUCCGGGCCUGGCCGUCAGGACGGGAGGGGUCGCCCGUUCUGCAGAGCAGGAGCCGCGAGGCGGGAGCGACCUGGGCUGGGCUCGGCGGCGCCGGGCCGGGGUGUUCAGUCCCCACGCGCAGCCCGCAGGAGCCGGCCGCAGGGCUGGGGGGACGGGUCCCUCGGGCCCACCCUGGCCACCGGCCUGGAAAGAAAGAAGAACAGGCAGACCAGAAUCCCAGGGUUGCAGGGCCGAGCAGGGAGGACACCGACUCCCCGCUGAGCACAGGCAGCGCAGGGGUUACUCCAGGCCAAAUAAAUACGGGAAUCGGGGUGGGGAGAAAGGAGCAAAUGCCGCGGUAUCGGCCGGCCCGGGCCUUGCAGGGGCCGGGGCAGCGCCAGGGCCUGUGUGCUGAAGACAGGGCCCACGGCAGGCCCUGGAGGGCCGAGGCACCCUGGGGAGGGCUGUGGCCCAGCGGCAGCACCCGCCUCCCCGGCCUUGCCUCCGCCCCUCACAGGCCCGGGACCAGGUGGCAGGGAGGAGACAGGAGUGCACCCGGCACUCCCAGGACCCACUCCCGCCGGCCUGCCCUCCAAAGAGCAGCACUUGUCAAAGUGCCAGUCCGUCCGCAGAGCCUUGGACCCUGGGGGGCUGUGGCCCUGCUGAGCCCCGAGCGGGCCUCCACUCUGAGCACACAGCGUCACCCGGAGGGACACACAGAGUUGGUGGCACCUGACGCUGCAUCAGGUCUUUGGGGCCAGUCCCAGGAAGGUCCCGCUUCUCCAGCCCCAGCCUCCGGAGCCCCCGGCCCCUGCCAGGCCUCCCCUCGCUGGGGCCCUGCCCUGCCCGUGCGGCCUGUCUGGGCAGCCCCAGCCUCCCUCCCUUGGGAGGGCGCUGCCCCGCGGCCUGCCCCGUGCUCUGCCCAGGGAAGCCCUAACUGGGGGGGCUGCCCCCCCAGCACCCCCAGCCUGGGCCUCCGUUGCUGCCCCAAACCCUGCACUGGAGGCCACGGCAACUCGCUGGAAGGCAGGGCCCUGCUCCGGCCACCUGGCCCGCCCGGUGCCUCCCGCCCGGCCCGUCGGCCCUGGGUCUCUGCCUGCCGGCCGUGGGUGGCAGUGCCCACCUCCUGCAGCCCCCUCCCCUCACAGCAGGGUGCUCAGUCAUCCAUCCCCCUCCUGGAGCCCGCCGACCUCGGCCCAGGAGGACGGCACGUGGACAGACGCACGGCCCUGGGUCACGGCCCUCCUGCCUCUGCAGCCACAGGCUGGGCUCCUGGGCAGUCGGAGAAGUUGUCCCCUUGUCUGUCCCCAGCCCAGUCCACACACACACCCGCGGAAACGACCGACUGAGAGCGAACCACGGCAAGACCCCUCCUCCAGCUGCCUCCGGGGGCUACAAACACAGCCAGACAGUAGGGCAGCCUGAGAAGGUUCCGGAACAGCCGCGAACCAGCUCCUGGAGGGCGGAUGACCUGCGUCUGAGUCCCGCCCGAUCCCGCAGGCCCGAGGCGCUGUCCGUCCCUCCCGGGGCCCCAGGUGCUCGCAGGGCGCUGGUGCCGGGAUAUUUAUAUCCCGAGGAAGGGCAGCCCGGGGCUCGGCCGCACAGGGCUUCCGGCCUCUGGGCCGCGGGGGCCCGGGCAGCGCCACGGCGCUCUUGGAGGCCGGCCAGGUCAGGCCAGCUCGUCUCCGGCCCAACGCCGGCCCUGGGAACGCUCCCUCCCCCUCCCCCACCGCAGGUCCCUCCGUGGUCAGCGGUCACGUUAUUAAUAGAGGCCCCUGAGCCCCGGGCAGAGGCCCAGCACCCCGGGCGGCCGUCGCCUCCCCCAGAAGCGGAGAAAGGCGGCUCCUCGUGCAAACUCUGCGGAGAGGCUACGGCACCCCUCAGAGGGAUCCGCCCUGGGGUGCCGGGUCUCCCUCCGUCCCCGCCCUGUCCCCAGGCCGCCAGCUCUGCGGAGCAGGAAGAAGGCGUGCUCCCAGGGUCCCACGUCCUCCUUCCCAAGACACGUCUGCCCCCCCCCACGGUGUCGGUUUCGGAGCAGCGCUUGCGGGCCGGAAGGAACCGCGCCAAGUGUCCACGCCGGGCGCCGCGCCCGUCCUCGGAGCGCCGGGACGUGAGAGGGAAGGUGUCUGCGCACACGGAAAUGUCCUAUUUUAAACCAUCUGGGCCCUUCAGCACGCAGAAAAGUCUGGAAAGUUAUUCACCACCAGGGCUCCCCUCCCCCUCCCUCCGUCCCUGCGCGUCCCACCGCGGGAGGAUGGUGGAGACCUCGAGGCCCACGAGAGGCUCCCCGACGCCUUCCUCUGCACCCCCUCCCCCCGACCGCCCGCCCAUGGGGAACGGAAAGCCCGCAGAUGCUUCGGCAAGCGGGCAACAUGUGUGCAAAGACGAGACCUUCUGUCAGGGCGCGGUGGCUCACGCCUGUGACCCUAGCACUCUGGGAGGCCGA